GUUCUAAAGAGGUUUGGUCAUUUUGAUGACAAGACUACUCCUACACCAUUUGAUCCUAGCAUCAAACUAGUGCGAAACUCUGAUGAUAUUCUUGAUCAAUUGACAUAUUCUCAGAUUGUUGAGAGUUUUAUGUAUGCCAUGCAUUGUACCAGGCCAGAUAUUGGUUAUGCUGUAGGAACUUUGAGCAAAUUUACUGGUAGCCCUGGAGUUGAGCAUUGGAAUGACUUAAUUCGUGUUUUAAGGUAUCUGAAGGGUACAAUUAAUGUUGGCCUGCAUUAUUCUACCUUUCUAGCAGUUCUUGAAGGCUAUAGUGAUGCUACUUGGUAUUCUGAUCUGAAUGACUCUAAAUCUAUUACUGCUUGGAUUUUCACUUUGGCUGGAGAAGUAAUAUCUUGGAGAUCAAAGAAGCAGACAUGUAUUUCUCACUCAACCAUGGAGUCAGAAUUUAUCGCUAUGUCUUCUGCUAGAGAAGAAGUUGAUUGA